UACAUAUAUAUCUAUAUAUAUAUAUACACACACAUAUAUAUACGUACGAGAGUAUAGAAGGAGGAGACCACCGACGGUUUCCCUCGUUCCACGGCGCCAAUUUAAUGGAUCCGACCAUCGGUUGGUGCCAACCGGAGCAGAACGGCCCCGCAAAGAAGCUGUGGUUGAACAUCUGGGAGACUGAGAAGGGCGACGACGUCCUGGCCCUGCGACCUAACGACGCUACCGCGAAUAAUAACAGUAUGGGCGUGCGGCUGCAGCAGGACUUUCUCGCGCUGGACACGAGUUCGGCGGCGGCCGGCAACACACCUGGCAGCAACAUCGGCAGCAUCAGCAACGGCGUCAGCAACGGCGGCAGCAACGGCCGUGCCGUCGCCGGCAACGGCGAGCAGCAUCGUUUACCCCACAACGCCUGCAACAAUUAUUACAACCCGUCUCGGAGGAAAAGCGACAACCGUGCGAGCACCUACGGCAUGAACUACAACUACGACGCCCUCGUGGGCGAGUACGGCGGCUGUCCCUGGCGCCUGGAGAACAAACACUACUCCAAGGGGUCAUUGGGUGCAUUACAUGAGGAGAUAGAAGAUUUUUUUGCAUACAUGUGUCCCUCAAACGACGAGCACGCUUUAAGGAUUAAAGUCGUAAAGAGAAUAGAACAAGUAAUUUAUGAUCUCUGGCCAGACUCUAAAGUCGAAGUGUUUGGCAGUUUUCGUACAGGUUUAUAUUUGCCUACAAGUGACAUAGAUUUGGUAGUAAUAGGAAUGUGGACAAAUCUUCCAUUACGUACAUUGGAACGUGCUUUACUUGAUCAAAAUAUCGCUGAACCAUCAUCUAUUAAAGUAUUGGACAAGGCCAGUGUGCCCAUCGUCAAACUGACCGAUAAAGAAAGCGAUAUUAAAGUGGACAUCAGUUUUAAUAUGAACAACGGCGUCAAGUCUGCGGAGUUGAUAAACUCUUUCAAGAGACGAUAUCCAGUGCUGGAGAAGCUAGUCAUGGUGUUGAAGCAAUUCCUAUUACAGAGAGAUCUUAACGAAGUAUUUACCGGUGGUAUAUCCUCGUACAGUCUAAUACUCAUGACCAUUAGUUUUUUACAACUACAUCCGAGACAAAAUGCUUAUUGUUCAAACGCCAAUCUGGGUGUACUACUGAUUGAAUUUCUAGAAUUAUAUGGUAGAAAGUUCAACUAUGUUAAGACUGGCAUUCGUGUAAAGGAUGGUGGUACUUACAUAUCUAAAGAGGAGGUUCAACGAGACAUGAUAGAUGGUCAUCGCCCAUCCUUGUUAUGUAUAGAAGACCCAUUGACACCUGGAAACGAUAUUGGCCGUAGUAGUUACGGCGCUUUGUAUGUAAAAGAUGCAUUUGAUUGGGCCUACUUUGUCCUUUCUCAAGCAGUCAGUCCCUUAAAUAUCUUAGUAAAUGACGCCAAUAAAGAAAGCAUUCUAGGAAGAAUAAUUCGCGUGACAGACGAAGUAAUAGAUUACCGUAAGUGGAUCAAAGAAACAUUCCCAGCACCUAUAAGUGAAGGAGUCUUGUCAAGCUCAACUGGCUCUGAUGCAUCUACUCUUUCAGCUCCUGCCAGUGAUACGGAUUCCGAAUGCAGUCGUGGCAAUUCUCCAAAUACUGGCGGGAAAAACGAAAACGAUAAAAACAAAGAUAGGCACAUCUAUAACAAUCAGCAAAUUCAUCCUUAUUCAGGAAAAAAGGCAUUCAAGGGAAUCACUCAUGCCCAUCACCAACAGAAUUUCAAAGCCACUUAUCGCAUCAACAAUAAUAUAACUGGUCAAAAUAGGAUCAAGCAUGCACUCCACAAUAAUGGAAACAAUAAUAACAAUAACAACAAUAAUACUAGUCACAGUCCGAGUUCCAGGCCAAAUACAAUGAAGAGGAAGAAGCACUGUACGAUGCAACGUGAUUGUGUGCGGUGAUGAAACGUACAUGAUAAUUUUGGACAUUACUUCCGUCACUUAAGUAGCGAGCUCAAUAUCAUAACUGUGUGAUAGAAAGACAGCGAUUAACGUCAUAUUCACGUAACAAUCGAAUCAUCUUAUACAAUUUUCUCUUUUUCUCUUCUUUAUUAUUUUCAAUUAAAUGUACAGAAGGGCACAAAAAAGGAAAAAAUGUUCUAAGAGAACUUACAGUUUGGAAAUUUUACAAUUCUUGUAUAGGACAAGAAUGCCCUACAGUAUAUACAUAUAUACAUAUAUAUACAUAUUUGUUUUUUUUCUCCCAGUUUGCCAGAAUCAUAUUUUACACAAAAAUCUCUGUACGCAAAAAUUUAUGUACCAAAGACGUACAGAAUUUCUAAUCCUGAUUCGAAAUAGAAUCUGUUUAUAUUUCACUUUUUAUCGUACAGGCUAUACCUGUGUAAUAAUGUUUUAUCAAUUAUUGUUUAUCUCUAAUCAGAAAAUUAUUAUUACCAUCGUAAAAUAGCAAUUGUGUGUUCAGCCAUGAUGAAUAAUAUAUCAUAACACAUUUAUAUAGUACGAAUGAGGAGAUAUACACACAUACAUAUACACACGGAUAUGAGUUGUACGUUUUUCUCUCGGGAACUCUUUAAUAGACAAAACUAUAAAACACUCUGAUAGUAACAACAAAAACUUAGUUUUCUAUAUGAAACUAUAUUCUUAUAACAAGAGGGUGACAGCGAAUUUGUGGUGAUAUUGGGACUUAUCUAAUGUACAUAUUGUAAUAUAUGCAUCAUCAAAGAGAUAGAGAAGUAAGUCUAAGAGAGUUACCUAUUAUAAAUAUAUAAUAUAUAAUCUUUUUUUAACUUAUAAAUAUCUAAAAUAUAAUGUUUGUUACAAGUGAUUUUACUAUAAAAAUUCGUGGAUGAGACCAUAUCUAUUUGAGAAUGUAUUAUUGUUUUUUUGUUUUUGUUUUUUUUUUUUUUUUUUUUCAAACUAACUAUAUAUCGUUGUGAAAAUUUUGGUAUAUUUUUCAGAUUUUAAUAAAAUUAUAGAUUUAUGGGGGGGAGGGAGUACACACAUGCGCUAAUAGAGUACGAUGAUAUAAAAAGAAAAAAAAAUUUGAAUAAAAAUAUUUUUAAAAAAAUAGCUUAUUAUCUCGAGACAGAAACACACACAUACACAUACAAAGUGAUGACAACGCUUCGAAUCUUUGCAGUCUAUUUCGUAGCAACAAUUUUUUUUCCUAUGAAUUUGCUUUAUCUAUUUUGUACAGAAAUAUUAAUUUUUUAAUGUUAGUUCAUAAUUCUUAAUAUCUCCUCAAUAAUGACGUAUUAUUUUUAUAUCAGAUAAUUAAAACACGUUUGUAUUAUACAAAGGGAAAAACGAUGAAUCUGAUAUUUAUGAAUCUUACAUUGCAUUUUUUCAUGAAACUUAUGUAUAUGACAAUACGCAAAAAGGCCUUGACAUUACUUAAAAGCUCCGUAUAUUACGUUCGUCGAUCAUGGUAGACAUAGUUCAUUAUUGAAUAUUACAUUCCGUUGACGCAAUAACUAAGAGGACAGAUAAUAGAACGUUUACUGCAACAAAUCUCUUGAAUAAUGUCAGUAAAAUUUUUCUGGUGCAGCUGCAUUUUUGUAUGUUCAACGAUUUUUAACGUGCGAUGCAAAGAUUACCCCUAAAUUCUUUAAUUUAGUCACGUGAAUUGAGGAUAUUUAACUUUCAAAUCUUUUUUAAAUUAUGUAUAUUAUAUCCAGUAUUUUUUUCGUGUACAUUGUUUAACUUAAAGAGCUCUUUCGUAAAUAAUAUUGUAUGCUGUGAUUGAAUUUAAUAAUUAAAUUGUCAAUUGCUUAAAGAUAUAUAUAAAUAUAUAUAAAUAUAUAAUUUAAAUGUUACUGUGUAAAGCAUUAUAUAGCCAUACUACAUUUUUAAAACUAUGUAAACUAUUAUUAUUAUCGCUUAGUGAUCCUCAGCAAGUUACGUGUUUUUUAUAAAUAUUAGAAUUUCGUAAUCAUUGAAAGUUUGAUAACGAAAUCACUUCGUAAUCACUCAUAUUUAUCGAAUUUUCCCGAGCGAUUAUUGGAAUUUCUGUAAAAAAAAAGUCAAAAAAAAGAAGAAAAUGAAAAAGAAAAAAAAAGUUUAAUAAAUAUGAAUGAUGCCGACGUCUGAUCUUAAUUAUUUCUUGUUAUUUGUAUAUUUUUCAGGAAAGCGAUUUUACCUCAUAGAGUUAUAUAUUGUUUAAAAAUCGUUAGAUAGUUUAUAAACUUCUCAAUAGCAAUAUGAAUCUCUAUAGUAUAUCUUCGUAUUUUCCAAAAAUUUUGAUAGUCGUGUAUUUAUAUUCAUGUAAAUAUAUAUUUUUAAAUAAGCAAUAAUGUAACGAUGUAACGCGAUCAGUAAUUCAGCUUUAUCUUUGUAGAAUUGUACUGUCGUCUCACAACCGUUACAUUGAGAUUGUAAAAAAACAAAAAAAUAUAUUUAAUUAAAUGCAUUACACUCUGACAGUUCGUAACUGUAUAAUUAUGAAUUUUCGAAAGGACAGGCAAUAGUGUCUGUCAUUUCGUUUUUUUUUCUUUUUUCUAUCAACUUGCGUGAGGAGAAAGGAAAGUGAGAUAGCGAUUAUGCGAUCGAUUUAAACAUAAUUAAUCCGACAGCGACUUGUACUUAUAAUUAUUGUUAUUCGUAAGUUUGUACCUUUUAUCCGAAGCGAAAAAUGUGUGAGAAAUGUGUGUAUAGAAAUGAAAUAAAUCUUACUUACCUUUUUCUUCAA